AUGUUUGCCGGCUCAGAUAAGACGGCCGGUACAAUAGCGAUGGCGAUAUACCAACUCGCUCAGAAUACUUAUAUCCAAGAUACCCUCCGAGCUGAAUUGACAUGUUAUAGUGAUAACAUACCGUACGAACAGAUUGAUGAUUUGCCCUAUCUAGACGCUGUUGUUAAAGAGGUACUAAGGGUAUACCCUUCAUUACCUGGUACAAGAGAUGAUAUAAUACCUUUAUCGAGUCCUGUCAAAUUGAGCAAUGGGAAAGUUGUCAAUGAAAUGAGAGUUAGAAAAGGUCAAUUGAUACAUAUCCCUAUCGAACAUCUUCAUACAUCACCUUCAAUUUGGGGAAAGAACGCAUCAACAUUUGACCCGUCAAGGUUUUUAGGGGUAAACAUGCCAUUUGUAGAGACGCCUCGAACUGCAUCAUUCCCUGUGUUCAAUCCACCUUGGUCGACUAAUGGUAUACCUGAGAAGACUACUCACCCAGAGGUAUCUUCCGAUAGAUCUCGUACAUCUUCGGUGCCGUUCAGUGUGCUACAUCCAUUUCAUCAAGAAACAAGAGAUCUUUCCUCUUUCUUAUCGAGCUCUUCUUCCCCCAUACCGGAUCCAAUUCAUCAUACCAUACCUCGUAAAACUUCAAUUCCAAAUGAGAUCCCUCCAGGUCCAGGCAUAUAUCCAAAUUUCAUGACUUUCUUAGACGGUCCAAGGAGAUGUAUAGGUUACAAGUUGGCUAUCCUGGAGAUCAAGAUAAUGCUUUUCGUACUCAUUAAACAUUUGCAAUUUUCACUUAAAGGAGAAAGUAAAAUAUGGAGAUGGAAUAUGAUGAGUACAAGACCUUAUGUAGAGGGUAGUUUGUUUGAUAAGGGUUCUAGUCUACCCGUCAUUGUCGUCAAGCACUUCAAGGGGUGA